AUGAAUCUCAGCUCCGACACAACCACCCCCUACACCCUGCACACCCGCCACCUCACCUCCCAACAAACCCUCUGCGCCCGCAACCCAACCUACACCCAAAACCUCACGGUCCUCCACACACUGCGCGAACAAGUGGAGCAAGUGCGAGGCAUGCUGCUCGCUUGCAGAAAAGCCCGUGACGCUGCGUCCGUCUCUGCACCUACGGCUGACGGAGGCGGGAGAUGUAAAUUGGUGAAGAGCAGGGAUAAGGCUGAUGCGGGGAGUGUAGAGGAGUUGGAAGCGGAGGUGAGAGAGUUGGAGAAGAGGUUGGCGGAUUGGGAUGAUGAGGUUGCGGGGUUGGCGGAGGGGUUGACUGGACGGCCGAAGUUCCGGGUCGAGGAUGAGGUCAAGUUUAUUGAUGGGCGGUGGUGGUGGGCGCUUCCUGAUGGGAAGAACUGCUUGCCCAGACAACUUCGAGCCAGUUCGGAGUAUGCGUUCACCGAGAUUGAGAAGGUGCCGAUGAUCGAGUGGGUGAAGCGACGUCUUUGGAAACUUUGGCAGCGCGCUUCUUCCGGGCGGAAACUUGCGAAAAGAACGAGCACGGGAAGCACCGUCUUUUGA